AUGGUAUUUGUCAAUAAUCAGAAAUACGCGUGCGAGUCCUGCAUCAAAGGACACCGUUCGUCUUCAUGUAAUCACACCGACCGCCCCCUGUUUGAGAUCAAGAAGAAGGGACGCCCAGUUUCGCAAUGCGAGAAGUGCCGGGAGCUCCGGAAGACGAAGCGCGCGCACAACAAAUGCGCCUGCGAUUCUGCGUCGUGCUCAGCUUCAGGCUCUUCGACUGCCGAUGCCAACCCUGCCGCUCAACAAGCCCCGUUGAAACCCAUUGGUAGAUUCAGACCUAUUGCACCUGCAUUGCCGAACGGUCUCAAGGACAUGUAUACCGGUUUGGACGAAGUCUCCUUUAAGUCGUCCGCGAAACAGGCCGCAAUCAAUUUCAUCAUGUACCAACCUAAGUCUAGCUCGCACGGGAACACUUUUGACUGUCACUGUGAUGGUGAUGAUUGUCGUUGUCGGCCUCUACAAGCCCGCAGUUCGGUCCUUCAUCCAUCCUCCCUCUGCGCUCCUCAGGAGAAGAGCCCUAUAGCACCACGUAAUGGAUUGUGGGCACUCGCACAGGCGGCCGCUUUUUGCUGCAGUCAGCCGUCUGCCGAAGGUUCUGCUACUCACUCAGAAUCUACAUCGGCCGAGGCUCAUCCACAGGAAAGCGGGAAGCAUGCAAGGGGUGCCCUCUCCAGUCGGACCCCAUCUCCAACUCUUAUACCCGAGCCUAAACGGCCGAAGCAUUGCGCCAACAUUACUGACUCCUCAUCAAUCGGCACAGUGAUGCGUUCCAACAUCCAAGAUCCCCCUCUCUCUCCAAGUCACAGUUCACCCUCGUUCACGCCAGCUUCUCGCAUGCCUGCUCCAACCUUCCCUCCGAUUCCGUCCUUGAGCUUCGCCACGAAUGUAGUGAGCGCCGGCUGCUGCUGCACGAACCAGUGUGCGUGUCCAGGGUGCAUCGAGCAUCGCGGACCAGAGCACGCGGCCAAGGAUUUUAACGAUUGCAAGGACGGAUGCGGGACCUGCGUGGAUUACACGGGCGGCGUGGAGCUUCCUUUGCAGGAUCCACCUGGUCGCAGCGGCAGCGGCACGCAUGCAUCUCCGAGCUCAGUUGACAGGUUCUUUGCACAUGCUGCGGUGAUUCCAAUUGCAAGGGCCGCUACCACGCUGGGUUCAGAUAAGGGCAAGCAGCGCGAGUUACCGUUACGUCGCUCUGGUGCUGGUGAAGACUGUGAAGACUGUGACCACUCUGAGGACGAGUGUGUUGAGAGUGCGGGAUGUUGGUCGGCUACUGCAGAGCAGCAGCCAACUAGACGCGUGGGCGGUGAUGCACACUCGGCAUCCUCCCCGAACUAG